AUGCCUAUCAGCGAGAAAUAUGUACUAGGCGCAAACAAUCGGGGUCCUUUUCUCACCCCUGGAGAUGGAGGUCAGGGGCUUGAGAAAUUGGAUUCAGCGGGGGGUCUUUCACUGGCCAGAACCCCGACACGAUCAGAAAAGCUACGACGCCAUUGGAAACGGUUCUGGCUCAUCUACUGUACUGCGAAUGUUAUUUUUCUCGCAAUAUUUCUUCCAAUUUUCUUCCUGGUUAUUAUCCCAGCGAUCGCGCAAUUGGUUGUCAACAAGUCCGACCUCAUACUUAUCAACGCAGUGGUCAAUCAACCAAAGCCAGACUCGGUGAUGUUGACCUUGGAGACAAAAGUCGACUUGAAGCUUGCAAUUCCAGCGCGCAUUGAGAAUCUUACGCUGAGCUUAUUCGAACGCGCGUAUGGCGUGGAUGAUGCAUAUGCUACUGUGACUAUUCCCGGACAAACAAUCAAGGGUAAUCACAGCAUGGGUGUAUCGGACCAAUUUACAAUUCUUCAAAAUAUGACUGCCUGGGAAGACUUUGUUCACCAAGUCGUCUUUCAAGAGGAAACCUCUUUGGCACUUUCGGGUCAGACCAACGCCUAUCUGGGGGUUCUCAAGUCUCAUGUUCACUUGAACAAAAACAUUGUGACACCAACGUUAAACCAGUUUAGUGGUUUCGGAAUCUCCGAUGCCACCCUCGUUCUCCCCGCCGAAUCCGACGGAACAAACCUGAUUGGCAAUGCGACCCUCCCCAACCCUUCGGUCAUUAGUCUCGAAGUCGGCACACUUACAAUGGACGUCAAAGCUGGAGAUUUGGUCAUUGGCAAUGCGACUCUGACAGACGUUACCCUCGUACCGGGUGACAAUACCUUCCCCUUGCGCGGUAUCCUCGACAUUUCCACGGUGAUCAAGAACUUGGCCACCGUGCUCAAGGCCGAGGCGUCUGCUAUCAAGAGUGGCAAUCUAAGCAUCAAUGCCGUGGCCACUUCGGUCGUAUGGAAUGGUACUCUGGUACCCUAUUAUACGGAUAUCCUGAAAGAACUCACUCUGACGACAGAGAUCGGAUUGGGUGCCGUUUUGAAGAAUACUAUCGCCUAUCUCAAGUCGGAAGGGAAUCUCACAGACGUACUCAAGAACCUUACUGGUGAUCUGAAUUUGUCGUCCCUAGAGUCUCGGUCAUUGGACGAGAAAAAGCGAGGUCCUGUUGAUCUCUCUGGGUUCAUGCGGUCGAAUUUACAUGUCAAAGACAUGUUUAAGGAUAUUGAUCCAGAGGAGGGAGAUUUGCUUAUGAACUCGUUAGCUUCUAUAUACCCCUAG